UUUUUUUUUUUUACACUUGAUGGACUUUUCAAUAGCAUUUUGGCUCACCCUGCUGGCCAUUACGAUCUGGCUGACAUGGUCAGCACUAAAAUUUUACGUAAAGAGCACGAUGGAUGAGAAUCGAGUUCAAAUUCUGCAGGACUUGGGACCUGUAGCCGCACAAAUUCAACACCCUUCUUUUGUAGGCUUCUUUCAUCCUUACUGUAAUGCAGGCGGUGGAGGAGAACGUGUGCUUUGGACUGCUAUACGCGAUGUGCAAAAGGAAUUCCCAAAUGUUAUUUGUGCUGUUUAUACGGGCGACACAGACGCUUCGAAACAACAAAUUAUAGAAAAAGUCAAGCUUCAACAUUGAUCUCGAACC